ACACAAGCUUGACAGAUAAUGUGGCAAUGCAAGUAAGGAAUAGUAGUCUGUUUUUAGAACUUUAAGCAGUUAGUUAGCUUGUGCGCAUUAUCCAAACAACCGCGUCAUGUGACCUUCCUUCAUUGAUCCAAUAGAAUUGUGAAUAGUUGCAACAACCAAUCAAAAUGAAGACAAUUAUAAGCCAGUAAAAUCUAAGUAUAAAAAAUAAUUCGUACAGUUGAUCAACUAACUUCCAAAAUAUUCUGACACUUUACUGAUUUCAUUACAUUACUGAUACACUUUUGACGAAUAUUGUUUUAAAUUAAUCAAACAAUUCACUAUACUUUGUAAAUAACAUUGAAUUUGACAAACAAAAAAACAAUAAACAACAGAAGAUUAUGAGCAAAGCAAAGAGAAUUGUAUGCCUUCCAGUGGAUGGUAGUGACCAUUCACUUCGAGCAGUACAAUGGUAUAUUACAGAAGUUUAUCGACCUGGUGAUCAAGUUAUUUUUGUGCAUGCCAUCGAAAUGCCUAAUUUACCUGCAGUUAAACUUUCUUCUGGUUUGAAUGUACCUGUUGAAAACUGGACAAAAUCACUACAAGAAAAUAUUGAUCGUUCAACAAAAAUUCAAAAUCAAUACGGAUAUUUGUGUGAAAAAUCAAAGAUACCAUAUGAUUUUGUAGUAAUGAAUGGAUCCUCUCCUGGCACUGGUAUUCUUCAAGCUGUUGACGAUUAUAAAGCUGAACUAAUUGUUAUGGGUAGCCGUGGUCUAGGCCUAAUGAAACGUACGUUUAUCGGUAGUGUUAGCAAUCAUGUUGUGCAUAAUACGCAUAUACCAUGCAUCAUCGUGCCGACUGAGAAUUAAAUCAAGCAAUAACAUUAAUAUAUCUAUAUUUACAUAUAUACUUAUGUGUGUAUUCAAAGAUGUUCUACAGUGAAAAGAGUUAUUCUCUCUCUUAUUUCAAAUGAGUUAAUUAAUUAAUUAAUUUGUGUAUUUGUUAUAAAAUCGAAAUAUAUAUAAUAUUCAAUUCUUAUGUGAACCAU